AUGUCAGGUGCUGUUCUAACAUUACAGUGGAACUGUGACAGUGGGCACUUUGGCACCUGGGGUUCCUCAGAUGUUCUUACUGUAAGAAAUAAUCAAAAAGUGUAUGUGAAUAAUUUUCAAAUGGCAGGAACUAUUACUCAGUGGAAAUAAUUUCUUGAAAUUUAGCCUUCUGUCCAAGUUUCUUGGUCUGGAAAUUAUUUCUGAAACUUUCUUCCACAGAAUUCAGAAGGUUUAUUGCUGUCCUUCUGUAAAAAGUAUGUGGAAUGAUGUUAAGGAUGUGAUACAUGACAGCAUUUCUCAUCCAGUAAAGUUUCACUGUUGGGGGAUGGAAGAAAUGAUUCUCCAGGGCACACUGCAUGAUCUGUGUUUACACACUCAUGGAAGAGCGUCUGAAGUUGGUAGUGGACCGGGAAGUGGUUAAUAGUUGGGAGACUGGUGGAAAAUCUGCCAACAUGCAGGGUGCAAAGAAAGUCAGUUUUACAGCCUGCCAUUCGUGCAAGCUGUAGCUAGCAUGUACUAGCCCACAAGUCAUUUCAACUAGCCCCAAAACCCUUUUUGAUUAGCAGAACUGAUUACAAUCCUUCUGUAAAUUGAAUUUCCCCUAAAAACAGCACUUGCCCGCCGGGCAAUUGCAAGUUAAGAUUACAAAAAUCACUAGCCCGAUAGCAAAAUUCACAAGCACCAGGCUAUCGGACUUGACUUUCUUUGCAUGCUGACAUGGACAAACUGGCCCUUUCAAGAUUACUACAAAGGCUGAAGGAUGUACUGAAAGUAGAUCAUCUUGUCACAGAUGCAUCACCAUCUACUGAAUCAAGGCACUGGCGCAGGGUCUAA